AUGAACACACAAAGAGAAUCCAGAAUAAUCCGACUGUCAGAAACAAAGACUUCUUGGGAGGAUCAAGGUAGCUUGGAAGUAGCAGCUGGAAAGCUAGAGGUUAUGGAGAAGUUCUUCACUCCUUUGCCCCACUCUGCUUCUGGUAGAUUAGCCAAAGAGGAAAGAAAAGAAAGAUCAAGCUGGAAUGGAAUGCAAGAUCCAUACAAUGUAGAAUCUUUCUCCUCUUCCUCACCUUCAUCGUCUUCAUCACAAUGGUCAUCAGAAUCAAACUUUGAGGGCCAAGCAAGAUUUUCAGGGUACCAUUCUCGUGCUCCCCAUUCGCGCUCUUGCAACGAUCUCACUGUAGGCAGAAUGAGGAAAAAUGAUUAUGAAAAGAGGGAUUUGGAUGUGAAACAAAAAGCCUCUUUAGAUUUGAAGGCACUUGAAAGAGAUAAUAAAGGCACGUCUUCUACAAGACUCAACAGAGUUGGGUCUUUGAAAAAGAAGAGUCAUUCGGAACAUGUAAAACACUUGGAGCCUACUGAUAACCGGGUAAGAGAAGAUAAAAAAAUCUUAAAAGACGGGGGUCGACGAGCCAAAUCUAUGGAAACUCUGGCACAAAAAGAAACAGGGAAAAAACAAGGAAAGGAGAAAACUAAGGUUAUUGAGCAGAAGAAACGGUUCUCUCGAUUCCUUGAUGAAAUAACAAUACAAGUUUUGAGUCCAUCAAAUCUUAAUUCCUUGGGGGUAAAGGAAGGGAAAGCUGCUGGUGCACGAGAGCCAUGGAAGAAUUCGAGCACAGACAGCUCUGGAUCCAGAGGGAAAAUAAGCCAGCAUACUGCUGCUACUGAGCAUCAAGAGCCAAGGAGGAAAGGAAAGGGAAAAGUAGAGACUUCAACUAGACCAAAGGUUGGUGUGGACACACCUAGGUCACGAAGAAGCAGGGAAAUGAGUACUAGUCCUGACUCUGCCUCAUCCACAGCCUGGAAUAGAGUUAGGAUGGACCGAAGUCCUGCCCCAUCUGCCUCAAAAUCACCACCAAGAAAAAGUAAAGUCUGCGACUCACACAGAGGUUUACAGGGAAGGGAAGUAAAGAGCAAAAGUAGAUUUGACCAGAUGGAAAGGGAGCGUAAUGAAGAUUGUGCAACUGGAAAAGUAAUAAUACAAGGAUGGGUAAGCUAAACACACCAUAGGAUAUACGCACUGUCAGGGACGUCACCUCCCUCAACACUGCACUUCCACAUAAACAUGCUUCCAUUGUAGAAAGUGCAUCAUAAAAAAAUAUUUGUCAUUAUCAUUCCUGAGCAGUGUUCUGGCCAAUCCAAUAGUAAAUUCAAUAGUCAAACAGAAUUGAUUUAGUGCCUGAAACCUUGCUGUGUGUGUUGUGUUUUUGGCAAAGCUGUGUUGCGUGUUUGGGUCGGGUGACUGUGACUGUAAGUGAAAAUCGUGGACGUACAUAGAUGACCAUAUUGGGUGACUGUCUGCGGGGGGUGAGUGUUUGUGCAUAUAGAGUGACUGAGUGAGUGAGCUAGUACACCAAAACCAUUAACGGAUUUAUUUAACCAAUCAUUGUUAACAGGAAUAGUCCCAGAACAUUGGAAGUUAGCAAAUGUUUUGCCCAUUCACAAGAAAGGUAGUAGGGGGUGGAGUCAGGCAACUAUAGGCCAGUAAGCCUUACUUCAGUAGUGGGUAAAGUAAUGGAAACCAGGUUAAAGGAUAGGAUUGUUGAACAUUUAAAAUCACAUGGAUUUCAAGAUCAGAGACAACAUGGGUUUACUUCAGAGAGAUUAUGCCUAACUAAUCUCAUUGAUUUUUUUGAUUGGGCAACUAAACUAAUAGAUCAGGAUGGUACAGUAGACAUUACCUACCUAGAUUUCAGUAAGGCUUUUGACACUGUUGCACAUAGAAGGCUUAUCUAUAAACUGCAAUCUUUAAGUUUGGAUUACAAUGUUGUUGAAUGGGUAAGGCAGUGGCUGAGUGACAGGCAACAGAGGGUUGUAGUCAAUGGAGUAUAUUCGAAGUAUGGUCUUGUUACCAACGGGUUAUCUCAGGGAUCUGUACUUGGACCCAUUCUCUUUAAUAUUUUUAUUAGUGAUAUUGCAGAAGGUCUUGAUGGUAAGGUAUGUCUUUUUGCUGAGGAUACUAAGAUAUGCAACAGGGUUGAUAUUCAAGGAGGGAUAAGUCAAAUGGCAAAUAAUUUAGGUAAACUAGAAAAAUGGUCAGAGCUGUGGCAGCUGACAUUUAAUGUGGAUAAGUGCAAUAUAAUGCAUCUUGGAUGUAAAAACCCAAGAGCAGAGUAUAGAAUAUUUGAUAAAGUCCUAACCUCAACAUCUGAGAAAAGGGAUUUAGGGGUAAUUAUUUCAGAUGACUUAAAGGUAGGCAGCCAAUGUAAUAGAGCAGCAUGAAAUGCUAGCAGAAUGCUUGGUUGUAUAGGGAGAGGUAUUAGCAGUAGAAAGAGGGAAGUGGUGAGACCUCACUUGGAGUAUUGUACACAGUACUGGAGACCGUAUCUCCAGAAGGAUAUUGAUACUUUAGAGAGAGUUCAGAGAAGGGCUACUAAACUGGUUCAUGGAUUACAGGAUAAAACUUACAAGGAAAGGUUAAAAAAUCUUAACAUGUAUAGCUUGGAGGAAAGACGAGAUAGGGGGGAUAUGAUAGAAACAUAUAAAUACAUAAAGGGAAUCAACACAGUAAAGGAGGAGACUAUAUUUAAAAGAAGAAAAACUACCACAACAAGAGGACAUAGUCUUAAAUUAGAGGGGCAAAGGUUUAAAAAUAAUAUCAGGAAGUAUUACUUUACUGAGAGGGUAGUGGAUGCAUGGAAUAGCCUUCCAGUUGAAGUGGUAGAGGUUAACACAGUAAAGGAGUUCAAGCAUGCGUGGGAUAGGCAUAACUAUAAGAUAAGGCCAGGGACUAAUGAGAGUAUUUAGAAAAUUGGGCAGACUAGAUGGGCCAAAUGGUUCUAAUUUGCCAACACAUUCUAUGUGUCUAUGACUGUCUAUCACGGGGUGCCUGUGACAGGAUGACUGUAGAAGUAUAUCGGUGACAGGGUGAAAGUAGGGGUUUAACUCUGGCACGGUGACCGUGACAGAGUGAGUGUGGAAAGGCUGUGUAUCUGUGUCUAUUAACUUGCUUUUUGAUUUUUCCCCUCAGGAUUCGUAUGUUGAUAAAUCCCCAAACUGGUGAGUUAUCAUAUGAAUCAUUUAUUUACAAUCAUUUCUAUGCCUUCCGUUAAAUUGUUCCAGGUGGGUUAGUGAUGGUCUAUUUGUCGCUUUUCUUUUUACCUCUUCACCUAUCUCUGCAAACAUCCCUCACCAGGUGUUGGUAUGAAUUUGACACAUAUAAUUCCGUAUUCUUCUCUAUAUGUCUCUUCCUGGAUUUUUAUUAGUGAGUUGUCCAAUGAACUGACUUCCCAAGCAUCAAUCAUACCCCCUCCAGACUGGUGGCGAGACAGGGGGGAAAAUGUCACAGCGCUGCCUUCAGUGAACAACGAUAAUGUCCCAGACCGUUCCAGAAGGUAAGAAGCCUGGUCUAAUUAAUAGCAAUGUACUUAAAGAGGUAAGGGAAUGUGUUAGACAGGGUCAGUUAACCACUGGAACAAUGUGCGAUGGUGAAAAUAUUGUGGCUAUUGACUAAUAUGUGACUUGUCAGGAAUUCAAAGUAAUUUCAUACUGAAUUUCAAUUUUUAGACCGGUGUAGUUGAAUUGGAAUAAUUCUCCAAGUCAACUUUGUUUUCUGUUCCCUCUCAUAUUGGAAAUUCUGUUUGGCUAUUUCCACCUCAUUUUGGAAAUUCACAAUGCAUUGUGGAUACUUCUGCUCCUAAAGAUUCCUCAGCAAAUACAUUAUUAAAUGAACACUCUAACAAUAUAAAUAUAUUCCUGGUGCCUUUAGAUAGAGUUUAACUUUAUUAUUUUUCAUUUUCAAGGUAAAAUAACAUUAAACUCACUUUUCAUCCAGUAGCAUCCUGGUUUUGCCAUGCUUGUUGCUUUCCCUUCUUCUGAGAUCAUCUGGAUGGAUACUCUUGAGUCAAUCAAAUGCUUCUCCAUAGAGUUGCAUUAAGGGCCCUUCUGUGCAUGCACUGUAAUUGCCCAGCUGUACCAAUAGGGUUCUCCUCCAGCGUUAUAAUGCUUGUCUGUGGUGAAUAUCAGACAGCCAUUAGAACCAUUAGAGGCACACUGACUGUAUAAUAUAAAUAUUGCUGUUUAUCAGAACAGACAAUGAUUGCAUGUGUCAGACUGAAGGAAAAGCAUCUAGGCUCCAAGACCACUGCAUUACAGUGGAGUAGGUCUGGUGCUUAAAGUGCCCCUUUAAUCAUCAGAAAAGAAAUACCAUAACGUUUUUACACUUUGACAAAAACACUUUCAAGAACUGAAGUAAUGCCUGGUCUUCUUCCUAAUGAUUCAUAUGUACCAAACUGCUUGAACUGCAGUGUUAAAUAGUAUCAUUGUGGAAAGAAUAGGGCUUCAACGCAUAUGUCAGAUAGUGCAGGGUACUGAGGUAGUUUCGUUUGAUGCCCUACAGCAAAGGGGGCAUCUCACACCUGCAGAUUGUUUUAGAUAUAUUCGAAUAAAAGAUUUCAUAAAACUUACACAUGUUCGGUCGGCUGCACAAAAACCCCUAACAUUUUUCAAACGUAUGUGCAUACAGGAAAAUAUACCUACAGGCUUGAUAACGACUUUAUAUGCUCACCUCUGCUCAGUAACUAAAGAAUGGGGGGACUGACCUACACGGAACAGUGGGAGAGGGACCUAGGAGAGGAACUGGAGGGAAUAGAAUGGCAGGAGAUAUGGGAAGCCAACCAUACAGCCUCUAUAUGCGUUACAUUACAGGAAAAGGUUGUUAAAACAAUGCUCCGAUGGUACACAACUCCUGUCAGGCUAUACCACAUGAAAUAGACACCAACAGAUGUAUGCUGGAGAGGGUGCGGUAUGAAGGGAAUGUAGUGGGAGUGUCCACAGAUAGCGCAAUUUUGGCAAAAGGUUAGGGAUUUGAUAGCUCAGGUACUAAAUAGGGCUCCUCCUCUAGACCUGUGGUUAUACCUCUUGAGCAGGACCACAGACGGAUGGACUAGACACGAACAGAAACUUCUACACAAGAUAACACUCGCAGCUAGGAGAGCGGUGGCCUCAGAUUGGCUUAAACCUAACACCCCGUCUAUAGCAGGGGUCCUUAACAGGAUACGGGAAGUCCACCUAAUGGAUGACCUCACUGCAAGAAUCAGGGGAACCCGAAAAACAUUUCAGAAAAUAUGGGCAAUGUAGGAGGAAAGUCCCCUAUGCCGAGGAGCAGAAUGCCCCCUUUCCCCACAAGACAGGACAACAGAGCACAAAAACCCGACGGCCCUACGUACCACCACCACCUCUCUCUCUCCUUUUUCUUUCUCUUUUCUCAUACUUUUCUAUUCUUUCUUACUGUCCUUUUUCUCAAGAUUAAUAACGGUUACCCCCCCUCCUCCUGAGGCUUCAGGGGGUGGAACCAACAGAGUACUGGUUUACGAAAGAGAUGUGCAAAUUGUAGGUAACUUAGAAGAGCCCCUAAGGAAGAAACCGUUAUCUCACACUAACUAAGCCAUCAGGCAUCUAAACCCAAAACUUGAAAAAUAUCGGGCAAAAGUGACCCCAAGAAUAGGAAAAGAGACGCGGUAUCCCCAAUUCUCUACGACAAAUAUCGUAUGACACAGAUCACAGGCAAGCUAAAAGGGGUAUACCAGUCAGUGAGAAUCACACCUACAAGGCUGUACCAGGUUAGUUAAGUUGACCAGAAUAUAAGAAGUGCUGUUAAUCUCUUAGAAAAAACAAAGAUGUUGACUAGAGGUAACUUGAUUGAGUGAAUAACACGGAAAGGAGAAUCACCCCUAGUAGAGUGCAUCAGCCAGGGGCGCUAAGAUAUAAAUAUGGGUAAUUUAAUGCUUUAAAUUUGUUGUACGUUUUACUGUAUACAUGCAUAUAGAGAUUUACACUGUGUUUACAGCUACAUCUGUUAUGUACAUGUAACCUCUGUCAAUGAAAAUAAAGAAUUAAAAAAUUUUUUUUUAAAAUAGUAUCAUUGUUUUAUAGAUGACUCCAUGACUAGAAUAAGGUGUAACACACUGUAGAAAAUGGAUCAAUAACCUAUCAGGAAACGGAUUUUAAAAAAGUAGUAUUGAGCGUGAGCAGAUAGGGAGAUUUCAGAGCAAAGUGACCUAAUUACAGUGAUGUGUUUAAUGGGUUAGAUGCAACUUUUUUGUAGGACGACAUUGAGCUAGGUACUGAAAACUCUUAAUUGGCUGAAGGGUAUUUUGUCCAGCAGAACAUGAUAAAGUAACAUCGACAAAUAGCUCUACGUAUACAUUGUUAUCCAACAGCCCAAUAAAUGUACAGAUUUGCAGAUAUAAAAAUAAAUGCCUGAGAUACAAAAAACAUAGGGGGCUAUUCACUAGCCAUCCAUUAUCAUAUAUAUUAAAUUGAAAAUCUAACUGCAAAAUUUAGGUUAAAAAAAACUAUUUGGAAAAGAAAAUCACAAACUCAACUACAGCUGAUACACACCCUGGUUUUAGCCAAAAUUUAGAAAUUCAGUUUUCUCUUUGCUACAAUUCUAGUAUAAUCAAUAUACCCUAGAGCAGUGAUGGCGAACCUAUGGUACGCGUGACACAGGUGGCACGCCAGGCCCUCUCUGUGGGCACGCGGCCAUAUGUUCACCAACAAUGCAGAGUAGGCACCUGCCUUCCCAAAACGGCAGGCGCCUACUCUGCUUCCAUGUCAGGAGGCAGGGGGAGUGCUCUAGGAAACAGCUCCCCUGUCCUCCCGCGAGCAAUCUGUGUAGAGCGUUGCCGCGCGGUACCAUGGCAAUGCUCCACACAUCAUCGCGCAGGCGGGAGGGAGGACAGGAGAGCCGCUCCCUACUGUACUAACCACCACCGGACCACCAGGGAGGGUUGUGUCCCCCCUCCUUCAUCAAAGGUAAGAAGGAGGGAGGAAGGGGGGGAUACAGACUUAAUAUACCUUUUUUUUUAACUCCACAUCCCACCACACAGCACCCCUACCCCCCCACACACAGCACCCCUACCUACCACACACAGUACCCCUACCCCCCACACACAGCACCCCUACCCCAACACACACACACACAGUACCCCUACCCCCAACACACACAGAGCACCCCUACCCCCACACAGCACAGCACCCUUACUCCUGCCCAGCACCUCUACCCCACAUGCAGCACAGCACCCCUACCCAACAACACACACAGCACCCCUACCCCCACAGCACAGCACCCCUACCCCACAGCACAGCACCCUUACCCCCGCCCAGCACCCUUACCCCACAUGCAGCACAGCACCCCUACCUCCCCACGCAGCACAGCACCUCUACCUCCCCACACACACAGCACCACUACCCCCACCACACACACAACACCUCUGCCCCAACACACACACAGCACCCCUACCCCUCACAGCACAGCACCCCUACCCUCCACACAGCACAGCACCCCUACCUCCCCACGCAGCACGGCACCCCUGCCUCCCCACACAGCACAGCACCCCUCACAUAAACACACACACAGCACACCUCAAACACACACACAGCACCCCACACACAAACACAUACACUGCACCCCUCAAGGCAGUAUGUGUGUAUUCAGCAGUCUGUAUGUGUGUGUAUUCAGCAGUCUGUGUGUGCGUGUAUUCAGCAGUCUGUGCGUGUGUAUUCAGCAGUCUGUGUGUAUGUAUUCAGCAGUCUGUGUGUACUCAGCAGUGUGUGUAUUCAGUGGACUGUGUGUGUGUAUUCAGCGGACUGUGUGUAUGUAUUCAGCAGACUGUGUGUACUCAGCAGCCUGUGUACUCAUCAGCCUGUGUGUGUGUAUUCAGCCUCUACCCCACAUGCAGCACAGCACCCCUACCCCAACACACACAGCACCCCUACCCCCCACAGCACAGCACCCCUACCCCCACACAGCACAGCACCCUUACCCCCGCCCAGCACCCCUACCCCACAUGCAGCACAGCACCCCUACCUCCCCACGCAGCACAGCACCCCUACCUCCCCACACACACAGCACCACUACCCCCACCACACACACAAUACCCCUACCCAACACACAAACAGCACCCCUACCCCUCACAGCACAGCACCCCUACCCCCACACAGCAAAGCACCCUUACCCCAUGCCCAGCACCCCUACCCUCCACACAGCACAGCACCCCUACCUCCCCACGCAGCACAGCACCCCUACCUCCCCACACAGCACAGCACGCCUCACAUAAACACACACACACAGCACACCUCAAACACACACACAGCACCCCUCACACAGACACACACAGCACCCCUCAGACACACAGUACCCCUCACACAGAGCACACCACACACACAGCACGCCACACACAAACACAUACACUGCACACCUCAAGGCAGUAUGUGUGUAUACAGCAGUCUGUAUGUGUGUGUAUUCAGCAGUCUGUGUGUGCGUGUAUUCAGCAGUCUGUGUGUGUGUAUUCAGCAGUCUGUGUGUAUGUAUUCAGCAGUCUGUGUGUACUCAGCAGUGUGUGUAUUCAGCAGUCUGUGUGUGUGUAUUCAGCGGACUGUGUGUAUGUAUUCAGCAGACUGUGUGUACUCAGCAGCCUGUGUACUCAGCAGCCUGUGUGUGUGUAUUCAGCAGUCUGUGUAUGUGUACAGCAGACUGUGUGUGUAUGUGUAUUCAGCAGUCUCUGUGAACGUGUAUUCAGCAGUCUGUGUGUAUAUAUUCAGCAGUCUGUGUGUACUCAGCAGUGUGUGUAUUCAGUGGACUGUGUGUGUAUAUUCAGCAGACUGUGUGUGUGUAAGUAUUCAGCAGUCUGUGUGUAUGUAUUCAGCAGUCUGCGUGUAUGUACUCAGCAGUCUGUAUGUGUAUUCAGCAGACUGUGUGUGUGUGUGUGUAUUCAGCAGUCUAUGUAUUCAGCAGUCUGUGUGUGUAUGUAUUGCAUUUGUUGGAGAUACUAAUAAAUAUAAGCUUAAUUUUAUCCAUUAUUUAAAAUUUGUAUCAUUGAACUCUCUGUUGCUGUGUUCUUUUAAAACAAAAGUUGUUAAUUAGUUUGGACAACUGUACGAGUUAUUUUUUCUAAACUUAAACCUCAGUAUUCAGAUUUAAUUGCCGUGUUGGCAUUUUGAGAAAAAAAAAGUUGGCAUGUAUUGAGGUUUGUGCACUCGGGCUCAAAAAGGUUCGCCAUCACUGCCCUAGAGACGCAUAGAUGUUCCUUGUAUGCUUGUUCCUCGCCCCGGAAUCUUUCCCAUAAUGCUUUGGUUUCUAGAUAUGUCAGUAUGAAUGCAGGUAAGGUACACGUUUUUCCCAAUGGCAACUGCUUAAAGCUUGUGAGCAAUCAGUUGUAAGUGUAUUAUUAACCAAAUAAUCUGUAAAUUUACCAGCCAUUCCACUGUUCACAUUCUAAAUUUAAUUUAAUUUUUCACAACUCACAAAUACAUAUUCGUUAAAUAUAAAGAUAAGUAAACGUGGUAUUAAAAAUAGAUAGAAGUGUACCAAUGCAAAAAGAGAAAACCAAAAUGAAAUAUUUCAAAUCACCAAUCACAAUUCACACACACAAAAAAAAUUUGUGCCUCCAAAAAUAUUUUUUUAAAAUACUUCAAUAAUACGGUACAAUGUCUUAUGAGACAGGCGCUUUCUUCAUUCCAUAGGUAUUCAAAUAGAACUCCAAAUAUAUAAAAAAUGAAACAAAACAAAACAUAGUGUAAGAGUCACAAUAAUUUGACAAAAAAUAUUGAAUGCAAAUGCCACACUCACAGAAAAGAGACAAUUCUGGGCUCUCAGUAACAGUGAUGAAUCCAAUACAAGGGUUGUCUUCCAGCCAGGCAGAUGGUUUCAGUCGUAGAAUUAGAGAGAGAGAGAGAGAGAGAGAGACAAUAUAUGAUAGUGCAGAAUUUACUAAAUAGAGCUAACAAUUAUCAACUCACAUUAUUCUGAGCCAACCAGGGGGCUCUACCAUAUAAACACUUAAGUUUGUUUUAUUUCCAGAUUAGAGAUUCUAUAUAUUUGGAUUCUAUUUGAAUACCCCUGAAUUAAGAAGUAUGAAAUAUGUUAUUUAAAUAUUCAAUAAUAUUCAAAAUUCUGGGUAGUGACAUUUCCUCUUUCAGCAGCAAAGCGACCGAAUGACUUGUCAUAUUUAUUUUAAUGGGUCAAUUCCUGUGAUUCUCUCCCCCAGGACUAAGGAAAGCUGUCCUGGUAGCAAAUCGAUUUACGGACAACAAGAGAAUAAAUGUCAUCCUGAUGUAAGUUUUUGCAUCAAUAUAACCAUAUGUGAGCUGAAGUAACUUAUCAUGUAGUUAGCCUGAUCCUUUUUGAGUUUGUGCUAUAUUCUAUAUAUCAUCAUAUGCAUCUAUGCCAACUCCUGAAAACCAAAAUGACAUUUCGUAUAAAAUCACCAUCCUCUCCCAUGCUGCAGAUCUUUUUUUUUUCUAAUGAAAUAUGUCUGACCUUUACCCUCAUAGUCUUUUUUCUACUUUAUAUGAACCCUAGUAACAAGUAUACACAAUAACUGUUGUUUAAUCUCUGCUCAUAGGUAACUGUGCUAUACUGCAUCUUUUUACAUAUUCUCACCCUCUAAAAGGAAUUAUCUAACACUACAUUGAGCCUUAGUUUUUAUAACAUUUUAUGUCAUUCUUAUCUGUACAAAGUACAAAACACUUUCUGAUUUUUAUUAGCCGAAAGAUAAACACAUACUUAUCUUUCUUUGCUCCAUUUCCUAUGGUUCUUCAUGUCUACUUAGACUCAAAAUGAGAAAUCGGAGACCGACAAGGAUUCUCUGAACAAGAAGAUCACAGAGCUCCUUGACCAUCUAGUACGGGCCCAAAGCACUAUCUGCGCCCUAGAGAAACUAAACGUAAGAUCCACAAUAUCCCCUCUUAACCUCUUUCGGUUUUUCAAGAUGUCCUCCCUUGAGUCCUGUUUCUAGCUUGUGUUGGGACAAUUUACUUUGUAUUUAUUGUGUAGACAAUUAAAAAUCAGGUUAGGAUUUAAUUAUCUAGUUCCAUUAAACACUGCCUGAAUAUUAUGGAGUGACAAGCUGUUUCGAAAUAAUGAAACUAUCAUGAGACACUAUAUGUGCGUUUUUUGGGGUUUUUUUUAUAGCCAACCUAGAUAGUGACCUGGUACCAUUUGAACCAAUACAGAACUUUGCCAGAUAACUGAGAUCCCAUCAUUUUAAUGUCAAAUCUGAAAACAAGAGGUGGGGGUCUGGGUUUAUAAGCUACAAUCUCCUUGUUGUUAUUGCAUCCCUUUUUUUUUUUUUGAUGAUUUUCUUUUUUCUGUUAUACCUUAGGAAAGCAGACCACUGAUGCUUCUUAUUGUAUUCAUAGAGACUUUAUCAAGUGUAAUUUUACCGGCCUAGCUAAAUCAACAGUAUUUACAGUUGGCAGGUCCCUUAUGUUUAAUUUUCUUAUCAUAGAAAAUGUUGGACAAAUAACAUAGUCCACAAUAAAAUGAAAGUGUAAAUAAAUAGCAUAUAAAACAUCUCUCCCAGUGUUUGCUACAUUUUCUGAUUGAAAAAUACUUGAAACAAACACUUUUCAAGGUGCAACUUACUAAGGAAAAAUGGACAAAACCACCAAUAAAGUAUAUGUUGAGAACUUGGAUACGGAAAUAUCCUUAAUUCCAAUGUUCGUCUAAAAACCAUAAUAAUGAGUAUGUUUUGGCAUCUUACAGAAAGAGAUGAAUUACGAGAAAGAAAAAAUUAGAUAAGAGUUAGAGAAACUGUUGCUUGCUAUUUUCCAGGUAUCCUCCUUGCUUCACCAUCUUCCACCAGAUAUGUUGGAGUCUGCGAAGGCUUCGCCUCUACCACUUGAUGUUAGCAGCCAGACUGAAGGCUUGAAGGACCCCAAUACAUCAACUGGCAUCUCUGCUGAAACGCAUUUCCCAGAUACUGAAGGUGGUGAUUCAACGUAUACUACAACAAACAAUAUGGCUAAAGCAUCCAUAGUACCACGGCCCACUGCUUUUACCCCAUGGAGUCCUAAAAAGCAGAAAUCUUUCCCUGCUCUUCACACAUUAUAUACUUCUACUGAGAGCGAGUGCAGCUUAGAAGAUUUCCUUCCUACAUGCAAAUUCCUCUGCCCUCGAUUCCCGAACCUGGGAGAAAGUUUUUCUGAUGAUCGAAAGGAUGGAGGAAGCUUGGAUGUAAGAUUGGUUUGCUUCAGUUAAUGUUGGCUAGAAAGAAAGUUUUGUGAGGGCAAAAGAACAAAAAGUUUGAAAGCAUGACUGAUACAGAAUUAAGAAAAGUCAUCAUCUCGCACAGUGGUUCUUAAUCCCAUGGAUAGGACCCAAACUUGGAUCUGCAAGUUAUUUUACUUUUGGUUGAAAUAAACAUGUCUCACUUAACUGACAGCAUUACAAAGGUGACUGUAUUAGCUCUUCCUUCCUGAGAGACUGGGAAGAAAAAGUGUCUGUAGAAUUAUUUUUAAUUUAAUUGUGAAGACCCAAAUCCACCUGGGACGCACAAUGAGUGGCUUUGCCAAUGGCCACAAGCAAUUGUAGGAAAAAAAGUCCAGCAAAAUCCUAACUUCAAUAAGAUGAUCCUUUAUUUAAAGUGCCAGAUGAAUGGGUGAAUGGGUGACAAACAAGGCCUUUAACAAUGGAGAUUUGAUAAAGGCGUUGUAUGGCUAAAACGUCAAGCACCACUAUAGGCACCCAGACUACUUCAGCUUAAUGAAGUGGUCUGGGUGCCAGGUCCAUCUAGGAUUAACCCUGUUUUUUAUAAACAUAGUAGUUUCAGGGAAACUGCUAUGUUUAUAAUAUGGUUAAUCCAGCCUCCAGUUAGCCGCUAGAGGCGCUUGCGUGCUUCUCACUGUGAAAAUCACAGUGAGAAGACGCCAGCGUCCAUAGGAAAGCAUUGAGAAUGCUUUCCUAUGAACUGGCUGAAUGCGUGCGCGGCUCCUGACGCGCAUGCGCAUUCAGCUGAUGACGUUGCUAUGGAGGAGGUGAGCUCCCUGCCCGGCGCUGGAGAAAGGUAAGAUUUGUGACAUGGUAAGAUUUGUGACAUGUCAUGAUUCCCUUUUAUUCCAGAAGUUUGGUCCUUAAGGGGUUAAAGAAAGGAUCACCUUUUUGAAGUUGGUUUUUGAAGAAUAGGUCAAAGAGGUCAUUUUUGCAUAUAAAGUGUUUAUUAACAUUUUCAUUUGGUUGUCAGCCUAAUGGCAUUUAUGUAAUUAAGGCCCCUGUCAAAAAAGGUUAAAGGUCCAUGAUAAGCAACAUAGCAACUACAGUACACGAUACAGUUGCUUGUGGGAUAUCUUGGGUUUGCGUCAACUUACCGCAAAAAGGUUUGACACAGACAUUGGGACAGCUCCAAGGUUUGCUGGCACCAUGAAUGACCACUACAGUGCCCCUUUAAGAACUACUGUCCUAUCACUUCAGAUACCUCAAAUUACAGCUGGCAUUGUCCACAGACAAAAGUACUGUCUAAUGGAGACUGCAUCCAAUCACAGCUGGAAUGCUAAAGCUUGACUGACAUAUGUGAGAAGAUGAAUGGAAUAAGGUGUUUGUGACAAAAUGAAGAUAUAUGUAGUAUAGGUAUAAGAAGAUAAAACAAUAGAGGGAAUUCAUUUUAACAGGUGAAGAAAGAGAUGGAGUUAAAUAAUAUUGUAGAUGCAUUAUGUUAAAUGGCAGAGCUAUGAAUGUUAACACAUGCAAAGUAUUGCAAAGGAAGUUAAAUACAGCAUAUGAUAAGUACCCGAGAGAUAGAUUCUGGUCACUUAACUGAGUGGGAGGGUUGAAAUAUAUUUAAAGGAACACUCCAAACACCAUAUCCACUGCAGGAGUGCCCUGGUACUUUCCAAUGUAAUAAGUCAAACUGGGUUCAAGGUUUAGCUCAGGAGAGCUAAUGGAAGCUCCAACACAGGAGGUUACAAUUUUCCUGAGAGGAGGUGGGAAGUGGUGUCUAAAGCAACUCAGGUAAAAAGUCAGAUAGUUCAUAAGGAACAGAUAGCUCUUAAAGUUUUUGUAUUCUAAAACAGGAACUUGUAUUUAGAAUUUUUAUUUAGAAAAUUAUAACUAUUUUUUCCCAUCCAUAGGCUGCUGAAACCACUGCAGAAAAGAGGAUAUCUGUGUCUACAAAAUCAACUUUGCCAUUCCAGAACCUUCUUCCCACUCACCGUCUUCCACAUCAUAAACAUCACAUCAGGCCCAGUAGCUCUGAAAGCUCUGGGGAUGACCUUCAUUUUAGUUGUGCUCAGAUUCCAUCUCCGGAUGCUGCUUUGGACUACCUAUCUGCUCAAAACAUACUAGACACACUUUUAGGUUUGACCUCAUCCCCCGAACAAUUUCCUUUUACCCAUAUCAAAAACAUAGGGGCAAUAUCCAUUCCUGAUCUUCCAUCAAUUAGUCAUACUACACGAACUGACUUCCAAUUUUCAAAGGAUUUUGACUUUCCAAGACUCAAUUCUAAACAACCAUUCCAUCCUUCAGUAAAUGAAGGCAACGUACACAGUUCUGAAAAAAGUUCUCCUAAUAGUUCGAUGAAUUCCAUGCUUCGACCUAAAGAUGAUCCAGGUAAUAGAUUCCAGCAAAGUGACUAUACUGUACCCCCACUUCCAUCCAAAAGGUCCUCACUUCCAAAGGGAUUUGGAAGUAAUUUCCUAAAUCCUGCAGAGGAAACUCGGUAUUGUCCUGCAGGAAAACAAGAAGGCUCAGCUCAUCACAAAUCAGAUUGCCAUAGAUCACCAAAUUCUGUCUGUACCCAAGUACCUGGGCACAUGUCAGAUCAUCUCAAUACACAUUGUGCACCAAGUGAUAUACGAAGCCCAGCUGCAAGUGGACCAAUUGCAAGUAGCAGGGAGAGUCAUACCUCUUCUAAAACUCACAAGUUAGAAGGAGGCUUAGAAAGGAAACCUAGGAAAGAGAGAACAGUUCACUUCCAGACACUGAACAGUGAGGGGCAAACCAGAGACAGCCAGUUAACACUAAAGUCCAAGUUUAUGACCACUGUGGUUGGAAAUCAGGAAUUUGGAGAUAGUGCUUCAUUGGAUUCAACCCUACUUUGAAGAGUGUCUCAUCAGAAAUAAAUAUGGAACUUUCAAGCUGUAAUAAAAAAAACAAAAAAAAACAACAUCCAAAGAAAACUAAGAAGAAUAAAAUUAUAACACUGAAAUCUUCAGAUUGGUACGCCUCUAUCGCAACAUAUGAUGACAAUCGUAAUUAUACGUGCCAACUGAAGUUGAGUUCAGGGCCUAUAUAUACAUACAACUUUCUAUGGAGCAGGUUGUUCAUAAAUAUUAUGCAGAUUUUUGUGAUCAUUAUUAGAAACUUGAAUUUUGCUAUAAGCAGAUUGAAAUGUAUUAAACGUUUGGAUUUUUAUUCACUCUUCUAUAUGACGAAGCAUAAAAUGUCAGCUCACCAUGGACAGUAAACCAUAAACACUAUGUGGAUUUUUGUGUCAGUGAUAUUUAGUAUGUCAAAUAGAAAGGCAAUAUUUGAGCAUUCCAAGGAUUUUGUUGACGUGGUAGCUGUGUUCUGUAUGCUAUAGGUUUAUUGUUAGUGUUACUAAAUUAUUUGUUUACUAAGGAGUCACACAAUCUGAAUAUGCAUGCUAUUUUCAUAUAAAAAUUGAGCUUGUUCAUUUCAAAUUAAAGGUUACAUUUAUAUACACGCAUCGACCCAUAAUGUCUAUAUUUACUCUAACCAUUCCUUUAAUGACAUACCUUUAGGAUCAAACAUUAGAAAAGACAAUAUGCAAAGAAAUUGUUAUUCAUAUUGGAUAAUGUAUAACACAAUAUGUUAAAGUAACAGUAAAAUCUUAACACAACCUUAGACCAGUAUGUUUGUCGUUUUUUUU